CUAUCUAGCAACAUUUUGGACAUAUAUAACAGUGACCAGGGAAUGGCACCAGCUAAUAUGGGUCUCACAAAUGCUUCUUGCCCAGCUAAUCUACCAGUAAAAAGGGAACUCACAGCAGAUACACGAGCAAUGGCAAAGGAGAGACAAAAAAAGGAUAACCACAAUCUCAUUGAGAGAAGAAGAAGGUAUAAUAUUAAUUACCGAAUCAAGGAGCUUGGCACACUCAUCCCCAAGUCUAAUGAUCCUGAUAUGCGCUGGAACAAAGGAACUAUUUUAAAAGCAUCAGUAGAGUACAUCAAGUGGCUACAAAAAGAACAACAGAGAGCCAGAGAAUUAGAACACAGGCAGAAGAAAUUAGAGCAUGCUAACAGAAGACUUCUACUCCGAAUUCAGGAACUAGAGAUCCAGGCACGUGCACAUGGCCUUCCAGUCAUGUCUUCACUCAAUGCUGUUGAUUUAGCUGCACAGGUCAUCAAGCAACAGUCUUAUCCAGAGGAGAACUCUGUGAACUACUCUCAACAAAUGCCUCUGGCACAUGGACCAAAUUCUGAUGUUUGCGAUGGAUCUACGGCCUUUUCUGACCCACUUUCACACUUCACGGAUUUGUCCUUCAGUGCAGCUUUAAAAGAAGAGCAACGGCUAGAGGAAAUUUUACUGGAUGACACGGUGUCGCCAUUUGGAACAGACCCACUCUUGUCCUCCACGUCCCCAGCCGCAUCGAAAGAGAGCAGCAGGAGAAGCAGCUUUAGCACAGAUGAUGGUGAUGAUUUAUAAAAGCAGAAAGGGCCUCGUACUUCUCUAAACCACUUGUUAAGACUAAGUUGAACGUAAGCAUGGUGUUUGUGCUUAUUUUAGAUAUGAGUAAGGAGAGCCAUUGUGAAGAUAAGUUACUACAUGACAAGGGUUUAAAUCAGCCCUUACUUCGCAGGAAAAUGAGACGGACGUGAACUCAUAUCACUUUGCCUCACAUUCACGUCCUCUGUUCACAGCUGACAUUUGCACAAAUCUUUCU